GUGGCGCUGUAUGUUUCAGUUGUGUAUGUUUCAGACUUUCUAUUUUUGUUUACUUUUUUUCUGAAAACCGGAUUACUUUGUCAAUAUCCUUUGUGUCUUUAUUUUCGUGUGUGUCUCAUUUUUUGAUAUUGUAUUGUGUGCUGUUUUCCAAAGAACGAAUUAAUCAUUUUUGCUGGCAAAAAAUGGAUAAGAAAAAUGUUUCAAAUUCAACAAAACCGAUAGCACCUCCAGCUGGAUUACAAGCCAUCAUAAAUCAAUGUAUGAAAAUUUAUCCAGAUCAACCAAAUCCAUUGCAAGUGACAACCGUCGUGAAAUACUGGCUCGGUGGGCAUGAUCCUUUAGACUAUAUAAGCAUGUAUCGUAAUGAUGGUGAUGCAGAGUUGAAUAUUCCAUCACAUUGGCAUUAUGUUACUUUUGGUUUAAGUGAUUUACACGGUGAUGGAAGAGUACACUCUACAGACGAUACGGAUAAUCCUGAUCAACGAUCUGGUAUGGGAUUCGAAUUAACAUUUCGACUACUGAAAAAAUCGUCAAAUAACGCAAUAAAACAAAAACAAGAAGAAGAAGAAGAUCUACCGCCAAUUUGGCCAGCAAACUUACUGCAACAACUGGCACGUUAUGUAUUUCAAACGGGCAAUCGAUUAUGUGCCGGUGACAAUGUGCCGUGGAAAAAAAGUUUGGACAAUUCCAUUUCAAACAUACAGCAUAUGCUGAUCGCUCAAGAUCCGCAAUUAAAUCGAAUUUUAUCGCCUUUUGGUUGGGUCAACUUUUGUCAAAUAGUCGGUGUUACUGAUGAAGAAUUGAAUCAAGCAUCGUGGUGGAAAGGAACGGGUGUCUUAAAUCUACUCAGCAAAGAUCCACAAACGGGUGGAGAAUGGCUCGUCACUGACAUGGAACGAUCACAAAGUGUUUUUGAAUUAUUUCCAAAAACGUUGAAUGAACUGAAACAAAAUUUGGAGGAUGAGGGUUCAGAUCUUGCGGGUAUUAAUGCAGAUUUUAUGUUCAAAGAAAUACCGAAGUCGCACAUUAAGGUCGAAAUUGAUUCAAAAACAAUAAAUGCCCAGAUACAAAUGAAAUUGCUCAAUGAUAACAUUGAUGCACCAUUGAUGAAGUCUGAAUCGAACGAUGCGCGUUUCUUCGAGGCAAUGUCAUGCAGUAAUUCACUUGAUAAAUCGGCAAUGUCAAUCAUACGAAGUGAAUUAAUGAGUCAGCCGAGAGCGAUUCCAUUAGAAGGAUUAGAAUUAAAAAUUGGACCGGAUUUUGCAAAAUACUUAUGUUUAGCUAUCAAAGAUCGAAUCCGACAUGGACGUCACUUUACAUUGAAAAAUGACAAUUUAGCAUUGACUUUUGUCAGUGAAUCGGUAACUGGUGAUGGCGUUGCUGUUUCAAAACGCGAGCCAUAUGCUUUAUAUGGUUUUUGGCUACAGGUUUUAAUCACAGACGACAUUGUUCCACAAAUGAUAAAAUCUUUCCAGUAUUUAGCCGACCCAAAUGAGAAAUUUGAUUUACCGCUGACGUUUGAAUGGCCUGAUAAAAAUUUAUCAAUUAUCAUCGAUAAUUUAACGCAAGAGCUUCCGUGUGGAUUGGAGUAGAGAAAGAAAAAAUGUACUCGAACAACUCUCUGAGGAAACUCAGUCUACAUACAAAAAUACUAUCACUGUUUCUAUGCAUUUAUAUUUUUCUACAUUUUUUUUUUGUUAUUUUAUGUAGUUCUAAGGAUUUUAGAUAUUUUAUAACCCCUUUAAGUUUGGUGGUUUUUCCAUUUGAACGAUGAAAAACUAAUUUUAUCAUAAAGAUAAAUUCUUUAGCUUCUCAUUUGUAAACGGUAGUCACGUUGACUGCCAUAAAAUUCCAAAAAACCCACACAGUAUUGUCCAAGCCCCUUGUUUGAAAAUGCGAAAAUCUACAUGAAAUUUAAAUAAAGGAAUCGUUUUCAACAGA